UUACCUAUUUACAAUUAUUAAAAAUUGUAUUUAUCAUUGUAAAACAGGGCAUUGCUCAAAUGGAUAAUAGCAUAGCAAAAGCUGCUGCAAUAAAUUCGUCCUUUGAUUUGGAACUACCAUUUCCCCCACUUUCGACUCCUUUUGUAGCAACACAGGCCUCUUGUCAGAAAGAUAUCAGCACUUCGGAAUUGGCUGUUGGAGCAUCACCGAGUCAGUCGAUAGCUUCCAUUUCUGAUUCUAGAGACAGUAAUAUGGAUGACGACAUUCCUUUGAAUGUUACUCCCGAAUUGGAAAAACCCAAAGACAUUCAGGUUGAAGAUAGAUAUGCAGUUUUUUCUGAUUUGGAUUCAUUACCAAGCAUUUUUGAAAAUCCAUACAUUGUUGAGGUGCCCGCUGUUAAUGAUACGUGUAAAGCUGAAAUGGAUUUACUAAAAGAUGGUAAUAGUGAUAGCGAGAAUACGCUCAGUGACACCCCGUCUCGUCCACCUUCAAGGUCACCUAAUUUGUUUGACACUUCGGUUUUUGCCGAUCUAGAUCCGUUGGGAAAAAAUCGUCCCUAUGUGGACAAAAAGGAUUUUUUUCAAGACCUGAAGAAACCUAAAAAGGUGCUAAAAGAUUUGGCAGGAGAAGGUUCUGAAGAUAAUUUAUUUGAUCAUGAUCUUUUGCAGUCUCCUCACAGUUCUGUAAGUGAUCUGAGUGUAGGGGUGGCUUCCGUACAUAGUGGCAAUGGUAACCCUUUUAAAUCUGAAAUGGAAUGCCCUUCUCCAUCACCCUCUCCAUCCAAGUUGCUCCCUAAACAAGCUUCAGUGACUAGUAAUUUAGAAAAUCAAACAAACUAUGAAAAAUUACCCAUGGAAAUUUCAAAUUCACCAAGUAGAAAUCCUUUUAAUCCCUUUAUCAAUAAUAGUACUAUAGAUAUACCACCACCAACAGUUCCACCACCAUGUAUACCAGCCAGAGGUUCCGAACCGCUCUUCCAAACCGUGCCAUCUCCUCCGCCUCGACCUCCCAGCAGAAAUUGCACCACUCCGACACCGCCACUUCCCAAGAGAAAGCUACCACAAUCUCAAUACAGUCAAGUCUCAAAAAAUUAUGAGGAAAUGUGGAACGGAAGAGAAAACUGCAACACAAACGGAGACGUAUUUGCUCCUCCAAUACCAAUUCCCGCACGCAAACCUCCUUUACCAUACAGGUGUGGCUCUCCGCUCCUGGCAAACAGCCCCGCUUCCAUUCGAAGACAGCUGCUGAGAGGUUCUGCUUCGAUCGACACCGAUUCUCCCGUUACUUUCUCUCGCCACUCUAGAAAUCUCGGAUUUAAUGGUGCACAAUCAGAAGAGCCAAAUAAUUCUCCUAAGGUUCUGUAUUCAAAAAAUAUAAGUCCACAAUGUUCUGUGUCUUCCUCUCCAUCAAAAACUAGAAAUCCCUUUGAGACUCCAAAACUUCCCGAUUCGGUCAACGGUGCUUUUCCUACUCAGUUAUCGUCGCCACCUCUUCCGGCGAGACCUCCUAAAUCUCCCAUCAAGACGGCCACUUCCGUUCAAUUGCCCGACGGAUGCGAAACCUCGGAUUCCAAGAAGACCGACACGACACACAAAGAAACCGACAUCAGUAUAUUUCAAAGAAAACACGAUCCAUUUGACGAUGAAUUCUUCACUUCUCUUCCUAGAAAGUCUAAUCAGAAAGAUUGUUACGAAACUACAAGAAGUGCUUCGGAAUCGGACGCCAAUAGCAACAGCACUAAAGGUUGACAAAAAUUAUCUCCGGCAUUGGAAUUAAUUUUACAAGAAGACUCCAAAUCAGUGUGAAAGAGCUGUAUUAAGGAGAUUUAGCCUUUGAGUCACUCGAAAAGAAGUUUCUUAGUGUUUCCUCAUAACUAGGAAUUGGAUAUGAGAAAUAAUGUAAAAUAAUGUACGUACUUGGAAUUUCAUUACUUUUAAUUCUCAUUGUAUAAAUUUCUCAUUGCUCUUCGGAAUUUAUCUGUAAAUAUUCAUCCCGUCAGGAAUUUGUAGUUUGUUACAAAUACACUUUUGUCAGGUUCGAUUGUAAUUAUUGUUAUCGUACGAUAAGAAUGCGCGUCCGUUUUAUCGUAUCUAAAUAAUUGUUGUUCUGUUGCAAACGUUAUCGUAUGAGAUUUUUAUAAAACAUUUUUAUAUAAGAAAUCUUUCAUCUCUUCUUAAUUUUUAAUCUUUUAGGAAAAUUCCAUUUAAUCUUUGUAAAAUGUUAAUCGAGUAGUCGAUCGGGAAUGUUCGAUCUGGUAUUCUCCAUUGAU